CCAAACACUUACGAAGUGCAGUUUGCCCUCAUUGAUUUCAUCUCUUUGCGGGCCUGCCAUUUCAGUAGUCUAGCCCUCCCUCUCCAGAACUCGUGUCACUGUUUAAUGAGUUGAAUUCAAAAGAGCCUCAUUGCUAUUCUGCCUCAUGGCAGCGAGACCUUCCCGACUGACUGCUACGAAACGCCCAUUCCGCGAUCAAAAGCGACAGACAAGGCUGCAAUUCUCGUCUCCCUCUUCCUCAUCCCCUGCACGAAGGAGUCCCAGCCCAGGUGCGCAAGAUCAACUAGAUAGGGUUACAUGUGAGGAACCAAAUGCUCUUCCUCGAAGAUCAGAUGUGCCUUCCCCGGAACCUUCGUAUCCACCAACUCUAGAAGAUCCCUCAGAGUUGCAACGCCCGACUCACGAUCGAACUGAAAUGCCGCCCGGCACCUCGUUUCCUUCGUCGCCCACUAUUCACCGAGUCCUACGAAUCGACUUGUCCGACGACACUGACGAGGACGAUCUGAUAUCCCCGGCUCAGAAGAAGCGCAAGACGUCCGCUACCCUCGAAUCUGCGCAACCAUCCAUCCUACCUCCGCCCAGGAAAUCAAACCGUUUGAACCCGAGCUCCUCUCCCGCCAGGCAAGGCUCGAGUCCAGAUCGACAUGAGGACAAGCAAGUUCCAAGCUCACCGCCUCCACGAAGGUCAGGGAGAUUACAUCGUAGGUCAUCACCACAAGUAGCACAUUCGAGCCGGUCUAGGAGUCCUCACUCUGUGCGGUCGGUGGAAAUCUCCUCUCCAGCCAAUCGACAAUCUACCUUUUCCGACCUAGGGUCGCCGGAGACGAGUGACGAUGAUGAUUCUGUGAUGGUGACAAAGCCUACAGCUCGGAGGAAAUCAAGACUAGAUAAGGACGAUCCAUUCAUUGUCAACAACGAUGAAGAAGAGUACAUGUCAGACCGAGAGAGCCGCAAAAGACCGACGCCAAUGAGAAAGAAGAGUAGAGGCGAUGACUUCGUGGUGGACGAUGAUGAAGUGGAAUUUCUCUCUUCCGAGGGCGAGGACGAGAGAACGAGGGCUCAGCCACCUCCAAAAUCGCGCAAAUUGACUCCAAAGCACAAGUCCUCCAAAGCGUCCCGUGGCCGAACCAAGGAAGAACAAGAUGAACUCGAGGAAGAUCUGCAGGACUUGCAAGAUUCGCACCAAGAAGAAAGUGGGCCGAGGGCACGAACCAGAGGAGGUCCCGUCACGACUCAACGAGACAGGACCAGAGAGCAUUUGGAGCUCUUGAAACGAAGGCGUGCAGGUGAAAAAGUCCCACGCGUUCGUGACUCUGACGAUGGAUCAGACGAAGGUUCAGAAGCCGACGGCAUGGAUCUUAUCGGACAGCAACACUACGACAUCUCCAGCGAUCAGUCUUCGAAUUCUGCGAGUGACACGGACCAGGGAGCUGAUAACGAAGACGAACAAGAGGAGGGGGAAGACGAUUUUGUUGUUGACGACUCAAGGGGAAGACUCGGUCGACCACAUCCGGAUAUACCGCUGCAAUUCACCAAUUUUGCCUCGGCCAAGCCAAAAGAACUCUUCCCUCAUAUCAUCGAAUGGAUGGUCAAGAACAAAAUCGCGCCGGCCUUCAAUCGCGAGGAUCCAGUAUACAAUCUCGCCUUUGACCGGCUGGAUGACCAGGUCAAAGCUCAAGCAGGAAGUAGACUUAUCUCAGCAGCAUGGGGAACCGACUUCAAACGAGCGAUACUGGCGAGACCGAAUAUGAAAGUCGUAGCGUUGCCCGGCGAAGACUACGAACACAUGCGUAACUGUGAUGCAUGUAACCGUACCAACAAUCCUGCUCGCUAUGAGUUCAUCUUUUCCGGCGAACCUUACUACAAGAAAACACUGGAACCUGUUGACAAUUCGGAAUCGGACGAAGACGCAGAUGGCGACCAUGGCAGGAUCAACGGCACCACGUACGACGAAAAUGGCUACGCUAUCUCUUCUCAACAGACGCGCUUCUAUCUGGGGCGAUUUUGCGCUGCCAAUGCCGAAAUGGGCCACAAGCUUACUCACUGGAAAUAUCACCUCAACGAAUCCCUCAUGACAUAUCUCGAAGCACAAGCCGUUCUCUCGGCCGAAUCCAUCGUCACGCGCGAAAAGAUGAAUAAAAAGAGACGCGAAAAGGAAGCGGAGAAUAUUGUGGACAGCAUGGAGGAGACGGGUGUGAUUGCAGAAUUCUGGCGUGAUUUUGAAAACGAUCUCAAUGACGCGAGGUUGGGUAUGGAGGACUUUGAAAAGCGAGGCGGGAGGUCAAAGGGAAGGGUUGGGGCGAUCCGAGCAACGGCUGGUGGACUGGUUAGGGAAUGGGACAAGGACAAAUAUCGGGUAAUGAAGGCCAUGGAAUUGGAUUCAGAGGGAGAGUAAGAAGCUGAAUGCAACAAUGAGAUCUAGGAGGAUGGAUGUGCAGGGAUAUGAAUGCUCUCGAUGAUGCUCGUGGACUUUUGGACCAUAUCAAGGAUUCUGGGAUGCCCUCUGGAAACUCAGUAUUGAUAUACUCUUUCAACUUGGGGGGAGCAAUCUUGCCUUUCGACUUAGGAACGAGUACGAAAGUGCUUGGAUAUGGAAACUUUGGAAAUUAGUCCCGUGGUCCUUCAAAUGGGCAAAUCCAGUUCCUUUGUACAUUGACCUUCUCUCUGGAAAUAGGAAACACAGACAGCUUCUCGGGGCUGAGAAUAAC